CGAACGACAAGAACCCAUCCUCGCAAGUGCUGCUGACUCCCCUCGAAAUGGCGGUGGACGACUCAACCACUGGCCUCUUGACUACAUUGGCUUUCGCCUUAGAGUCUGCAUCAUCCGCUUUGCCAGAUGAUGGACAACAAUCUCUGCCACCAGCCGACGGCAUUUCCCUGCUCGACAUCAAGAACGAUUUACUUCUGUCCUACCUACAAAACCUGGCUUUCCUUGUCUUAUUUAGACUGAGGCACGACGACAGCGUGCUUGGGUCGGAUGGUCUCGAGUCGGACGUGGUCGGAAAAUUGGUCGACCUUAAAGUCUACCUAGAAAGAGGCGUGCGCCCACUUGAGAACAAAUUGAAAUACCAAAUCGACAAGGUCGUCCGAGCUGCCGAGGAAGCCGACCGCCGCGCUUCUCAAAAACCAUCGACAGACCGAGAGCCGAGGAAGACACCGACGACGAAGACACUCAACAAGGGCUCAGACGUAUCAGGUACAGACUCCGAAGAGCUCGAGUCAGAGGAGGAGCUGGACAGGGAGAUGGACGGGGAUAUCUCUGCUGCACCGCGGCCUGCCGCCCUCUUGCGAAACUUGGACACCUCAAAGAAAGACCCAUCGUCUACCAGAUCUCGGGCGACUUCCACAGGCGCCUACAAACCGCCUCGCAUUACGCCUACUGCAAUGCCAGAACCCCCAUCAACCCGAGAACGCGAUGGACCUGCACGGAAACGCCGAUCCCAGCUUCUAGAUGAAUACAUUGACGAAGAACUUUCCGCCGCACCACGAGCGCAGCCAUCAAUCGGAUCAAACAGCACCAUUGUUAAGCAUGGCCGUGGUGCAAUGUCGUCGAGAGAUCGUGAAAGGGAACGAGAGAGGAACGAAUACGAAGAACGUAACUUUGUGCGACUACCGGCACUAAGCAAAGCGGAGAAAAAGAAGGGCAGGUUACAAGGCCAACGCGAUCCAAGAGACUUGUUCGGUGGCGAGGACUGGACUGGUCUUGGAGGUCUUGGUGAUCGCAUAAAUAGGACUGUGGCUGGACGGUCGCGAGGGGAAGGUGGAAAUGUUCUUGAAAGACGGGAGAAGCGCCGCAGAGAUCCGCAAGAUGGGCCUAGAGGUGACGGAGUAGGCAUAGGCGAGAGCUUUGAGAAGAGGAGGAAAGUUGUGCAGCAGAGGGCGGAGAAGAAAGCUCGAAGGAAGGGAUGAUAUGGACAGCAGACCUUCUUCUGGCAAUCCUGCGUCUCCAUGAUCUGGAUCAGUGUCAACGGCAUCCCGGAAGGGAGACAGGUCGAGGAUUGAACAUGAUCUAUGGAAUAAAUUUAUGUCUCUCCCGAUGUAUCAUGAAGCUAAUGAGGUAAUGAGACAAACUGUAGAAGGAUUACCAUGGUCUUCCUUCUCGCUGACCAAACUGAGGUAUCUCU